AUGCCCAACGUCGCUCCAUGCGCAACCAACAGCAUCAGCCGCAACCACCAAAACCCACACCCUCAAAUCCUGAAACAAAGCCAGCCAAAUCCAUCUUCUCGUCUACCAAGUCUGCCNACCAAAGACGUCUCCAAGAGCACAACGACUUCGACCAAAUCCACCCCGGAUUCAUCACAGGCUUCGACUCAAGCUUCGACCACAUCUACCGCUGCGAAGACCGCUCCUCUCAAGCGAGAAGGCUCGAGCUUGUUCAAGGCAUUUGCCAAAGCCAAACCGAAGACACUGAGCCAGCCGACCGAAAGCUCCGCCGAACCUUCACCUGCCGUAGAUCCGGUCACCAAGGAGGAUGAAGCCAUGCACGAUUUGUCAGACGAGGAAGCCGACGAUGAAGAUGCCGCUAUGCUCGACGAAGGUGCAAUCAUCGAAGCUGGAGGCAAAUCNAAAAGAGAGAGAGAGGACGAACUGCGCCGCAUGAUGGAUAUGGAGGAAGCUCCAGAAGGUGCAGAGGACGAACCCGGCUCCAAAUCGGAAGCACAGGCGAAAGAAGAACCCGAAGAGACCGUCACUGUAUCUGAUGGUCGCCGGCGAGGCAGGAGGAGAGUGAUGAAGAAGAAGACCGUCCAAGAUGAAGAGGGCUAUCUUGUGACACGAGAAGAAGCCGCCUGGGAGUCAUUCUCGGAAGAAGAGCCUGUGCCCAAGAAGGCAAAGGUGUCGGUAGCGCCCACUACCACCAAGACCAAGAAGGCUGCUCCAAAGGGACAAGGAAACAUCAUGUCGUUCUUUUCCAAGAAAUGA